AUGCCGGGCGCUUCCACCGAGAGUCGGUUUAUCGCGCCUCCUCCCGACGCAGUCGACUAUCGUAACCCGCUAGUGCCUCUUGAUCCAUCGGCAUGUCCGCACUACCCUCCAGCUGCGAUCAGAGUAGACGGGCGGGACAGCUUCGUCUGCGCGCGAGAUAUCUUGCGUGCUGAACCCGCCUCUCAAGUUGCUGUCUUGAACCUAGCGAGCGAUGAAAGACGAGCUGGCGGAUGGCUGGAAUAUCUGACGCGCACACAGGAAGAAGCGCUGUGCUACUCGUCCACCCUAUAUGCGACCUUAAAGGAGGAGUAUUACCCGUGGCCCAACCUCGGCCCUGGCUCAGUAGCUGGCAUAUACUCUCCAGCUGUCGUCGUCUUCAAGGAUGAUCUGGUUCACGAUUGCGUCGACCUUCCACCUGAAGAUCGUGUUGUGCUGUCAGUCAUUACCGUGGCUGGGCCGCGCAAGCCUGAACUGACGCCGGACGGUUCCCGUUUGGCGCGCGAGAGCGACCUCGAGGAUCUGAGAGCCAAGAUUCGUCUCAUAUACCGUCUUGCAGGCUCCGAAAAGCGGGAUGCGAUAGUUCUUGGUCCGCUAGGAUGUGGUGUCUAUGCUUGUCCUCCGGAGCAGGUGGCUAGCGAGAUGAAGUCGGUUCUCAUGGAAGAAGAGUUUAGGGGAUGGUUCAAGCACAUUGUGCUCGCAGUGUAUAAAACGCCAACGCGCCCCACGUAUGAUAUUUUCAAGGCAAUCCUCGAUGGUGUCGUUGUAUGA